AUGCCUCUUUCCCUCAUUAUCGAGAAGGUCGAUGGCAAGCCCGGCCAGGUGCACUACCCUCUCAAGCUCAAGGAGGUAUCCAAGCCCACGCCGGGUCCCGGUGAGUUGUUGGUGCGCAUCCGUGCCGCCGCCCUGAACCACCGUGAUGUGUUCAUCCGUCAGAAUCUGUACCCCGGCAUCUCGUUUGAGAACCCGCUGUUUGCCGAUGGCUGUGGCGUCGUCGAGGCGGUCGGUUCUGGCUGCAAGCGCGCCGAGGUCGCCCAGGUCGGCGCCGCCGUCGUGAUGGCCCCCUGCCGCGGCUGGACGUCGGACCCUGAUGGCCCGGAGGAGUACAACAAAUUCUCCGCCCUGGGCGGCGCUGUGGGCGUCGAUGCCGGCAUGGGUACCGAGUACCUGAGCGUGCCCGAGGACGAGCUCGAGCUGGCCCCCGCGCACCUGUCGCCUGCCGAGGUCGCUGCGAUGCCGCUGGUCGGCUUGACGGCCUGGCGCGCGCUGGUCACCAAGAGCAACGUUGUCAGCACGGCGCAGCCUGCGGGCGGCCGCAACGUGCUGGUCACGGGCAUCGGCGGUGGCGUCGCCAUUGCCGCGACGCAGCUGGCCAUGGCCCACGGUUGCCGCGUGUACGUGACGUCGGGCGACCCGGCCAAGCUGCAGCGUGCACAGAACGAGCUGGGCGUGGCCGGCGGUGUGAACUACAAGGACGCCGACUGGGACAAGCAGCUGCUCAAGCUGCUGCCCACGGAGCGCCCGCAAUUCGAUGCCAUCAUUGACGGCGCUGGCGGCGACAUUAUCAAGCGCGCAGUGCGUCUGCUGCGGCCCGGCGGCGUCGUGUCGUCGUACGGCAUGACGGUGAGCCCCAAGAUGGACUGGCUGAUGUCGGCAGUGCUGCGCAACAUUGAGCUCAAGGGCUCGACAAUGGGCUCGCGCGACGAGUUCCGCGCCAUGGUGGCAUUUGUGCGCGAGCACAAGAUCCGGCCCGUUGUCAGCCGCAUCGUGUAUGGUGGCCUGUCAGAGGCCAACCUGCCGGCCAUUGACGGUCUCUUUGACGACAUCAAGGAGGGGCGGCAGUUUGGCAAGGUGGUGUUGUCGUUUGACCAGGAGGCCUCGACCUCGGGACGAGACUCGCCGUCCAAGCUGUAG